GGAUGGGAAAAGCAGCGUCAGUGGCGCGUCUGCGUUAGGCGGAGGCUUUGUAUGGCUGAUCCCGAGCGAAAUGAUGACCAAAGUGAUCGCGGACCGUUCACAUCUCCGACUCGUCGCGCUGUGAGGGCGCCGGGCGGCAGCUAUUCGCCCACGCCCCGCUCGGAUGGAGCCGAGCCAUCGAAGAGAUUCAGAUACCCGCCUUACUCGGGCGACGGUCUCCUGUGGAUGAAGCUGCACAAUGCCACCAUCUCGUACGCCAGCUGCAAAGACACAGAUCCACCGACUCAUUGUGUGCAUUGCGCUGCUGCUGUUGUCCCCUCGUGUGGUUGUGUUGUGUGUUGUGUCAGUCUUGCUGUUCGCGUGUUCGAGGGAACACCCGUGGCGUUUUACCUGACUGCUGCAGAGGCGUGGAGCUGCGGGUUCACGUGCAAGCUGUGGUGGUCCGAGGUGCACUCGCAUCGGGUGCUGCGACACUUCUUCCCGCAGGGAUUCCCCGACGCGCUGCGGCCGUACCUGUGGAAGGUGCUGCUACUGGGCGACACCACCUACGAGGCAUUUGACUAUGAGGUCAGGCAGACAGAGAUUGAUUUCUAGGGACGACCGGCAGGGAUGCGGGUGGGCGUGCGUGUGGUGUACGUGGUGUGUGCAUUGCAUUGUAUGCAGGUGUUGUCAUCGACACCGUCCGCGAAUGAUGCGGAUAUCAAAAGGGAUGUCGGUGAGUGCAGGACUGCGGUCUGGUCUCUUGAUGUCCCUAUGUGCAUGUGUCACCUGACCUGCGCAGGUCGCACCUUUCCCGACGUGGAUGUCUUCAAGGAGAAACAGGGAGCCGGGUAGGCAGGCUAAUCACACACACACAUGCCACGGCACACAGGGUCACACGACAUUCAUUCGUCUGUGUCUGUCUGUUGUCUGUCUGUCUGCAGUCAGCAGGCAUUGUUUCGUUUGCUGCGUGCCGGCUGCACGGCACUGGGAGAGGAGAUCGGCUACUGCCAGGGCAUGAACUUCGUCGCGGGACACCUGCUGCUCGUAUACGACCUCAAGGAACACGUAAGGCCCCCCGAUACGAUACCCACACAGCGGCUCUGCUAUGGGCCCUGGACAUAUCGGCGUGCUGCUGCCUGUCUGUCUGUCUGUCUGUCUGUCUGUGUGUCUGUUUGUGUGUUUGUACGUCAGUGUGCGUUUCAGUGUUUCAUGGCCUUGAUGAUCAAGCUGGAGAUGAAGGAAUUCUUCAAACCAAGAUUCCCCCAACUCCAGGUAAGGCCAUCGACACGACGAUCCGAUUCACACAGAUACACACACCGACAGACCGACAAGGCGUCGUGGACGGUAUCUAUUGUCUCCUCUCGUGUUGCCUUGCCGUGUGUGUUGUGUAUAGGUUGCGGUGUCUCAGUUUGAUCGUCUGGUCAAGGGUCACCUGACGGACGUCCACCACUGCUUCCUCCAGUACCACAUCAGCGCCAACUACUACGCUACUGUCUGGUUCAUGGCACUGUUCGCCUAUGGCGACCUGCCAGCAGCCAUCGUGCACCUCAUCUGGGUAACUGGGUGAACAACUGGGUGAACAGAACGACGGACGGGCGAGAAAUAGAAUAGCUAGUGCCUGUCGUUUUCAUACACACAUUGGAUUUGUGUGUUCUCUGUGGUGCACCCACCCACUGCAUGCAGGAUGGGUUCUUUCUGUACGGGUGGAAGUGGAUCUUCAGGGUUGGGUUGGCCCUUCUGGCGCUCGCCAAGGCAGAGCUGCUCCACCUGCCAUUCGACGAACUACUCAAGGGACUCAAAAGUAAGGAGCUAAGCUGCCCACAUGCACUGAGAGCACACAGGCAGGCAGGCAGGCAGGCAGGGCACGGACAUCGAAUCGGGUAUGUAUCCCGUUUUCAAUGCAGCCUUUCCGAAGCGUCUCUCGCUCAACAAGUGUUCGCUGUUCGAGGCCGCCCGAUCUUUCAAGGUGACGAGGAGGCUGCUCGCCACUCUAGAGGUCCACCCACACCACUGGCCUCUGUUCGGGAGAGGUAAGUUAUUAAGUCGUGAAUGCACGACACGAUCGCAACAACCAGAGGGAGAAGAGAUGCACUGCACACGGCUGGCUGCUGUGUGUAUGUAUGGAUCGAUCAGACACGAUGACUGGGGGCAAGGUGGUGUGGACUCUGAUCGACGACGGUGGCGGGGAGUCGACUGGUGCGGCGGGGGAGGGCGGCGAGACGCACCAGGGGGAGAGGCACAACUCCCUCAGGCACCUCAUACCCACGUACGCAACGCACGCAAGAGAGAGCUCAGGGCAUCUGUCUGCUACGGCGGCUGACUCACCUCACUCACUGCUGUGUGUUGUUGGGUUGUGUGCAGUGACAUGAACGCGUCGAGUGAGGCCCCACGUCACCGCACCGCCAAGGGUGGUCGGCGCAGGAAGGCCCGGCCGCCCUCCUCUCUCCUGCACUCAUCCACCGCCCCUAUCAACACCAAGCGGGCCGACCACGAGUCCCCCGACGAAGACUCGUCACCGCCACCGUCAGCGGUACCCUGCUCCCAGUCGGUGCCGAAUGUGAGACAGCGGACGUCCACUGAGGGCUCCUCGCCACUCCUCUAUGCCCCAUCCAUCGACGACGACACACUCACAUCGGUCAUAUCGGAGACCGACUCGAGCCCCGGGGGAGCCGCGAGGCAGACAGAGGACGACGCCACCAUGCGGGGCAGCGGCAAUGAUGCGGACAAGGGGGUUUUCCUGUUCUUCCCGUGGGCAAGGGGCAAGUCUUCAGCCACAGCAGGGAAGAGCACAUCGUCACUGGCCAACGCGUCCCCGUCAUGCGACGAGACCAACAGUGCCGUCGGGCCACCUGCCGAGGCGGCAGCUGCUGACGCGUCGCAGAGUGCCGCUGAUGAGAGGAUGACAGACGGCCCGGCGGAGAGCACCGAGGUGGCGUGCCCCCUUGCCAUUCAGGAUGACGAGAGUGACAAGGACAGGGAGAGCGAGGACACGUUCCAACCAUUCCAGCGGGCCGAUCCCUCCAUGCCGGCCCUCCCAUGGCGUUCCCCGUCGCUGCCCAUCGCCUCAUUCGACCGCCACACGCACAAGCACAAGACCACACGGAGGUUCACACCGACAGCCAACGGCUACCCAGCGGCUGACGACUCUGCUCCCUCGCCUGAAAAGAUUGCGUUCCCCCCGCCUUUGUCGAGCAAGCCGAGUGUGCGGCGGUCGAGCAGUGGGGAGCAGCAGUGGCCACCAUCGGCCCCUGCACCAUUUAGGACCAGCCUCACUGACAAACCUGCCGCCAACAAGGGUGUCUAUCGGCAGGGGCUGUCAUAUUGGCUAUUUGGUUCAGCUCCGUCCCGGCCAGCCAACCCGCCCAACAACCAUGUCCACAGCUUCCCCAAUGUGGCGGAGCGACAGCAGGAGAGAGGCGGUGAUGCGGACGGUGGUGCCCCGCAGCUGCUGAUGGACUAUUUGCAGCAGCCGCCGACCUUCCCUCCACCCCCGAGCCCGGCCCUCCGUACCCAUGACGAUGCCGACAAGAGGGAAGUGGUUAGAGACCGGGAGAGGCGGCGGGUUAUGGUCCAUCGCAAUACUGGAGCCGUCAUCGGCAAGACCACUGACGCAAACAGCGGUGAGCCAAGGGACAGACAGGCUUAAACAGUGCCACAAUAAAUCAUCUUAAUCUCUCUCUCUCUCUGUCUGAGUAUGUGUGCGCGCGUGGUUCAUUCAGCGUCUGCAGAUCGGCCUGUGGUGUCGUCUCCGCCAGCGCCCUAUCUGCUGGCGUCAUCUGUGUCAUCGCGUCAGCUGCCCCCGCUGCCCGUCAACGCGGCCAAGACACUGUCGCCCUCUGCGUUGGGGAGCCCUAAGCUGCCGACAUCUGAGAGCGACGACGGCAGCACCAUGCUCAGCCCCAGCAUGCCGGGCGUCUCGGAUGAUGUGCCCAUGGACUGCUUCGUCGUGCGGAACAGAGAUACAGGUGCAUCCCUGCAUGUGUGCGUGGACGUAUCGGCUGAACUCAUUUGCUUAAGCAAUUGUGUGGAUGUCUGUGUUGUCUCUCUCCCCCCUAUCGGUCCUGCAAUCCAGGUGAGACUUUUCCGAUCUGGGAGCUGCUUCAGUCGGACAAGCAGGUGGUGGACAUGGAUCGCAUUGGCAGAUGACUGACUGACACACAAACAGACGGACGGACGGACGGACGGACGUUUACUACGGACGGGGCGGGCAUCGCAUCGCAUGACAUAGUAUUUGGUGCGCAGACAGAUGUAGUUGACAGCAAUUGGUUGACCAGACGUUGUGAGAGAGACAUGCAUGUUGUAACAAUGAUGGCCGAGUCAUCGUAAACCACGAAAUUUCGUGUGGCUACCAAGCAGGUUGCGUCAAGGGUUUACUAGUAGGGUUUGGGGUUGACAGAAAAUCGGCGACGCGUAUGUGUACGUGUGACCAGAUCUAUCUGCUGGGGAGUGGACGUCCACAGCAGGAAAACGAUGCACGGGCAGUCCACCAACGCCACUCCACACAGGACGCGGAGCCGUCGACGCAAUAAACCGACUGCGGUCCUCCCCCUCGUUGAGCUCCCGCCAUGCUGUUCCCCGUCUGCAUCGCUUUGCUGACCCGUGCGUUGGCCUGCUUCGUCCUCCAGCCGCAUGCAGCUACCUCGCACACGCGGCCGUGGCACGGCGCGCAGCGAAUCGGGAUCUUGUCCAGGAUGCCGCACCUUGUCGGAAGCUGCUCCCGUUCCGGUUUCCCGACAACUCGCGCUUGGCCGAUGAGUACGUGCUCGAGAAGGACAGACAGCUGGAAGCCGAGUAUUGGGGGAAUCUGCGGGACCGUGGGCGCUUCAACUUCGACAGCGUCUUCACAGUGUUCAUAAACAUGGCACUCUGGAACUGUGGUCAGUCAGCCAAUGGAAGGAAGGGCCAUAUCACGCGUCACCUGUCUGGCUGUCUGGCUGUCUGGCUGUGUGUGUGUGUGUGUGUGUGUCAGGCUAUAGUGUCGACGAGAUGCGCCCAUAUAAGGGCUGGACAAGGGAGAAGAAGAUUGAGCUGCUUGGCGAGAUCCGUGCCAGACGCGGUUUUCGCCCGGUUGAGGACAAAGCCCGACUGCUCGAUCAAAUCCACAAGCGCCACUGCACGGAUGGUCGCACAUUCAGCCAGUUCUACAUCGAUUUGCAGGCAGACGUCAAGAAGAGUGAGCGCGACCACUUAAAAUGAUCUCACAUUGUGGCCAGCGUCUGUCACUCCUCGAGGACCUCUGUCUGUCUGUCUGUCUGUCUGUCUGUGUGUCGGCAUGUGUGUGUGCCUUGUGUGUGUGCAGAUCAUGACGGAUUGGGCUGUAGCGAGCCGAUAUGGGUGGGGUUCUCGGAUGGUCACCCCUUCAGGUGUGCCCUCAUGGAGAUCGCCAAAUACCUCGACAUCGAGAUCUGGACCGAUGAGAUGUAUCCGGAGUGUGUACCUACGGGCCAGGACUGAGACUGUGCCAUACAUGGCCAGUAUACAAGUUGGUGACGUGAUACACAGCGCAUGUACAGCUAGCCACCAAUCUACGCUUGGUCAGCUUGAGGGUUGGUCGAUGUUGACGCAGAACGUUGCUAUCAGUCGUUGCCUCUUGUGAUUGCAAACAGGCCAUUGCUUUCACUCACUGAAUUGAGUACCAUGAGUGGUCCAAAUGCAUCAAUGAGUGAAUCAUGUCAGUCAGCC